CGCGAAGCCCCGAGCGGCGGAAGUCCGGUGCUCACCAUGUCGGUCGCGCUCAGCAACAGGUUCCAAGGAGGGAAAGCGCUCGGUUUGCUCAAAGCCCGGCAGGAGAGGAGGCCGGCCGAGAUCAACCAGGAGUUCCUCUGUGACCAGAAAUACAGUUAUGAAGAGAACCUGCCGGAAAAACUUGCAGCCUUUAUAGAGAAGUAUCUGGAGUUUGACCUGAACAGUGAGGGCGAGAUUGAUCUGAUGUCUUUCAAGAGGACGAUGGAGAAGCUUGGGGUCCCCAAGACCCACCUGGAGAUGAAGAAGAUGAUCUCGGAGGUGGCGGGCAGUGUCAGCGACACCAUCUCUUACUGACACUUUGUGAACGUGAUGCUGGGGAAACGGUCGGCGGUCCUCGAGCUAGUCAUGAUGUUUGAAGGAAAAGCCAACGAGAGCAGCCCCAAGCCAGC